AUGAGUGCUUUGUUGGCAUGUAUGGAAAGCAGCAAAACGGUGCGCGCCCGAGACAGCACUGGCUGUUGGUGUUUGGCUCUGGAGGCUCUCGAGAUGUUCACUCGUUUCCCUGUUUCCCUUCCCGCUGCCAGAGCGACGACUGCUCGCGACAACGAAAUCCAAUCGGAGAAGGCAAGGUGGUGA